GCAGUAUCCUCGUGUGAUAUGAUGCGAUGCGAUGCAAUAUGCGGUGUCUUUGUUGCUGAAAUACCAAGAGUCAUCUCCUGUGCGGCACGGUACCCUCAUAGCCAUUUGAUAUAACACCUGCCUGUCGUUGGCUUGCUUAUGCGGCGUAGGCGUUUCGAUAUAACUCGAGUCACGCAGUGAAGUCAACGUACGGGACGGGACGUUUCGUUUUUGACCUUUGAUUGAUUCUAUUUCACCUGAGCUCCGGAACGGCAAUUACAGAAUCUUCACGAUACGUACUUCUAUUCUCUUGAACAACAAUGAGUGGUACGCUCCGCCUGGCCACGCCUGCUGACCAGCCGGCCAUCGCGCGGCUCUGUGCCUCUGCGUUUUACGAAGACGAACUCUACGGCCCGUUGAUGCAUCCUUUUCGAAAGGAAUACCCUCAAGAUUACGAAGCGUACUUUCAUAGGAAGUUUGCGAGUGAAUGGUACAACUGGGACUGCAUCUGGUGGGUAGUCACCGUACCAGCCGACGACGCCACUGCAGUGAAGGAAAGCAAAGGAAGCAACCCAGACGAAGAGAAACUCGUUGGUAUCGCGAUAUGGGAAUACAAGGGCAGCAUGGCCACGAAGUACGGGCUCGGUGCCUGGGAUCCGCGUCGACUCGUCAAACCGGCAGUCGAGUACUGCCAAUCAAUACAAACGGCCAUGUGUCCGAAUCGCGCGGCGAACCCUGACCCCAUCCUGCACAACCCGUUCCCCCAUGCCCUGCCCUUCUUCAAACACCACUGGGCUGGCCCCCGAGAGAACUCGAUAUACCUGGACCUGCUAGGCAUUGACCCCGCGUAUCAGGGCAGGGGCUUGGGGAAACAGUUAGUGCAAUGGGGGAUCGAGAAGGCGAAGGAGGAGGGUGUUUGUGCUAGUGUGGUUUCGAGCAAAGCUGGGUAUGGAUUGUAUCAGAAGAUGGGGUUUAACGACGAGGCGGGGUUCUGUCAAGAGGGAGGAGAUAAGGGUAACCCUCUGAUAGCGCUGGAGGAGUUUGCUGGGAAGCGGCAGACUGGAUGGAUUCUGUUUAGAGAUCCUUAGGAACGUGGCAGUUGUGCAUGGGGAAGGUGGGAUAUCGGGAGUUGAGAAAAAGGAGGUGUGGUGUCCGCAUCUCUGGAAUGCUGGAAGACCAGGGAAUUGCGGUUUCGGCGAAAAGAAGAAAAGAAAAAGCAAUGGUGGAGGAUUCGAAGAGAGGCAUGUACCCGAGCAACAAAAAGCAAAUGCAUCCCCAAUCCAUGUGAACGGCUGGCUUGGGACAGUCGCCUCCACGCUUCGGCGACAAGCCACAAGUUCCAGACCAUCCAAUGCCAGUCGCUCAAAGCCUCACGGCCAUUACGAAUGGAAUCCUUCCAGCAUCGUUUCUAUCAGACCGAGACUAACGUGCGACGAUAGAUACAUCUCCAGGCUCCAAGUGGUUGCGGUCGUUGUUGAGAGUUAUUGGGGAGGGAGUUUUGCAACGAACCGUGAUCAGCAUUGGUCCCCAGCGC